UUUUCUCCGUUGCAUCAUGCAGCCCUUAAUGGGAAUUUAGAGCUCAUCUCUCUGCUGCUGGACUCGCAGGCAGCUGUUGACAUCAGAGACCAGAAAGGGAUGCGGCCGCUGCACUAUGCGGCCUGGCAGGGGAAGGCAGAGCCCAUGAAGAUGCUGUUGAAGUCCGGCUCGUCUGUCAACGGCCAGUCGGAUGAGGGACAGAUUCCUCUGCACCUUUCUGCACAGCAUGGCCACUACGAUGUGUCUGAGAUGCUGCUGCAGCACCAGUCCAACCCAUGUAUCGUGGACAACGCGGGGAAAACACCACUGGACCUGGCCUGUGAGUUUGGCCGAGUUGGGGUGGUCCAGCUGUUGCUGUCCAGUAAUAUGUGUGCUGCUUUGCUGGAGCCCAAAAAGGGAGAUACCACAGACCCUAAUGGGACAUCUCCACUCCACUUGGCUGCCAAGAAUGGACACAUAGACAUAAUCAGGCUGCUGAUCCAGGCCGGAAUCGACAUCAAUAGGCAAACCAAAGCAGGCACUGCCCUGCACGAAGCUGCCCUGUGUGGAAAGACAGAGGCAGUGAGACUCCUGCUGGAGAGUGGUAUCAACGCUGCUGUGAGGAACACAUACAGCCAGACUGCUCUCGACAUCGUCUACCAGUUCACCGCAACGCAAGCUAGCAGAGAGAUAAAACAACUGCUGAGGGAUGCAUCAGCAGCUCUGCAGGUUCGGGCUCUCAAGGAUUACUGCAACAACUAUGACCUGACCAGCCUCAACAUCAAAGCAGGAGAUGUGAUCACGGUUUUGGAGCAGCACCCUGAUGGACGCUGGAAGGGCUGUAUCCAUGACAACCGAACAGGAAACGAUCGAGUGGGCUACUUCCCAUCCACUCUGGUCGAGGUCAUCAGCAAGCGCACAGGUAUGGCCAGCACAGUCAUUUGCACUCAACAGUUUCAAAAGAUACCGCUGGUUGCCCCGGCGACGGUUGCCCCUACCAACGCGGUUGUCAACGGCAACGACACCACGUUCCAUCAGAUCCAUAUCCUGCCUCCACCGCCUCCUCCUCCACCACAUUCCCAUCAGCCACUGCUUCCACUUUUCACUUCCUUUGGCUAUAGCAGGUCGCCCGUGACAACUCCUCAGGGAGACACACCCACUGCCCCAGGUUGUCGAGGCUCAGAGGCAAGUCCUCACAGUUCUCCCACCCCGUCCAGUGGGCCCCAUGGAGGCUCCAACGAAGAGAUCUGGGUUCUGCGCAAACCCGUGGCAGGCGGGGAUCGCAGCAGUGUGGGGAGUUCUGGAAGUGUGACCAGCGUGAGGUCCUCAGGCAGCGGUCAGAGUGCUGGCAGCACCGCACACAUACUCCACGCACAGGCAGAGGGUGUCAAGCUUUUAGCCACGGUCCUGUCACAGUCCGCCAAAGCCAAGGAGCAUUUGCUGGACCAUUCCAAGUCUGUGGACCAACCUGCAGGCAAGACAGGGGUUCUUCAACCCUGUUACUGUGUUUUAAUGCGCUUUAUACGCUUAAAAAAUGUGGCGUGCGGCACUUCACAUUAUUGUGAAUCUGGCUCUACCAGCUCCUCUCGGACAUCCAGCCAAUCAGGCUGUCCACUCCACGAAGCGCCGCCUUAUGACGCCAUGGCAACCAGGAAGGGGGAGGGACCGGGCGAAGGAAAGAGCUCAGAGGCCGUUGUCCAAUGGCUGAGCGACUUUCAGCUGCAGGUCUACGCUUCAAACUUCCUGGGUGCUGGGUAUGACUUGCCCACCAUUAGCCGAAUGACCCCCGAGGAUCUGACAGCGAUUGGAAUUACUAAACCAGGCCAUAGAAAGAAGAUGACAUCAGAGAUUAACAAGCUAAGUGUCACGGAGUGGCUGCCGGACCACAAACCCAGCAACCUGGGCGAGUGGUUGUCUGCCAUCGGCCUCAGCCAGUACCACCAGGUGUUGGUGCAGAAUGGUUACGAAAACAUUGACUUCAUCACUGACAUCACCUGGGAAGACCUGCAAGAAAUAGGCAUCACAAAACUAGGUCACCAAAAGAAGCUGAUGUUGGCGGUCAAACGCCUAGCCGAAAUGCAACGUGGCACAGACGGAUUGGGCUCCCUCAGAAAAAAGCCCCCACCGAUCACACAGCAGCAAGAGGUCAUGUCGAUGGACAGCCCGCCCCCAGACGAGGUGAUGUCCCCGAAGAUGAGUACCUUCCAGGACAGCGAGUUGAGCACCGAGCUACAAAGUGCCAUGACCCAGCCGGGUCAGGAGGUUAAAGUCCAGCGAACACGCACACUCAGCAAAGACCACGACGAGGCUCUCCCAGGAGGAGGAGGAGGAGGAGGUGGCGGGCCCCCCAAGAAGGAGGCGCGGACUAUGAGGCAGCAGAGCAGCCAAGGAAGCAGCUCCUCCCACCGGGGGAGCGUGUCCUCACAGGGCAAACACCGUCACUCCCAUUCCCACUCCCAGCCUGCGCCUCCGUACACCCCGCCGCACACCCCCACCAAGACCAGGACUUCCUCUUCCUCCUCCACGUCGUCUGCUCAGAGCUCGGCUUCCCCGCAGACCAAGCCCAAACCGCCUCCCCAGUUAGCUCAAGGGGAGCAACCUCCGGCGCCGCGUUCGCACCCGCCUCAGUCGCCCAUUCACCGGGCGGCCACUGGUCAGCUCCCACCGCAGCAGCAGCAGCAGCAGCAGCAGCCUCAGCCUCCUGUCCAGCUGCAACAGCACAACCCCCAGACACAGGAAGUGGAAGUCCGAUCUGGCCAGCAGCAGCCACAGGUGCCGCUCCUAUGUCUGCCCCCCGAGGUGUCCGAGGCGGAGGGGGCCGAGCCCUCGGCCCUCCAGCAGAAACGCGCGCACAGCCUCAACCGGUACGCCGUCUCGGACGGGGAGUGCGACGAGAGGGAGGGGGGGCGAGGCGGGGGAGAGAGAGACGCGGCCAAAGCCGGGGGCCAGGCCCCGGCGGCCGCCAGAGGGGACGGGGGGAAGUACGCCACGGUGACGCCCCGCGUCAGCCGCAGCCACUCCGUCCGCAACCAGGACAAGGCGGCCAACCGGGGCCAGGCCCAGGCCUUCGCCCUGCGCCAGAAGAAGAAGGGCCCGCCCCCGCCGCCACCCAAGCGCUCCAGCUCGGCCAUCUCCAGCUCCAACUCCAACCUGACCGAGGCCAACGCGGCGCCGCAGACGCACGCAGCCACCACCACCACCGGGGGGAUGCUGGACGUGCCUUACCACGGACAGCGGCGGGCCAGCGACCUGGGGAUGUCUGUGGAGACAGUUGCCGUGGAGACGAGCAGCGUGGGAAGCGUGGGGAAAACACGUGAGGCCAUCGGCCUGGACGGCGAGGUGGUGAACCGGCGGCGGACCAUCAGCGGGCCCGUUUCCGAACUGGUGGCCGCCGCCAGGUGGGAGCAGCCCGCUCCGGUGGCCGUGACCCAACCCCCGACGCCCUCCGAACCCUCCCCUCCCCCGGUAAAUUCCCCCUCACCCCAGCCCCCGUCCUCCCCUCACCCCAGCUCGGGAGGCAGCGGCAGCUCAUCAGAGAACCUUCCAUUUGCGGAGGAAGGAAGCCUUACCAUUCGUCGUCAGGGUCGAGGAGAAGGAGAAGGACAGGGUGACGGCCAGGGUCCCCCGGGAGACGGCGGCGACCCCCAGGACGAGGCGCCGGAGGCCACCGCCACCCUGAAGCGACGUCCCCGCGGCAACAAGCCCCACCCCAACGGCUCCGACUUCACCCUCCAGGAGUCGUCCACGGUCAAACGCCGCCCCAAGAGUCGCGACAAGGAGCCCGACGGCUACUCGGAGAUGGCCGCCGCCAACGGAGAUCCCGCGGGCGCCGGGCACCCCAACACCACGCAGCCGGUGCCCUACCAGAACGGUACGGCCACCGUGAAACGCCGGCCGGUGUCCGAUGCCGGAGUGACGGAGCAACCGCAACCUCAACCUCAACCUCAGCCCCAACCCCAACCCCAACCCCAACAUCAGCCGCAACCCCCCCCGACGGCGGCGCCCCGCAGGGACAGCCUGGACCACGGAGGUCCGGCCACCAACGAAGCGGGGCCCGCGAGAAAACCGAAGCCCCCGGUGUCCCCAAAGCCUGUGGUGGCGCAGAUCAAGAGGCAGGCAGGGCCUCAGACCCCCACGCACGCCGUUUCCAAUAAGAGAGUUCCCCUGCCGGGCCCCGGGACACCCGGAAGUCCAGUUGAAGGAAAGAAGAUUCCCCCACCGGUCUCGCCCAAACCGGCGCCCCCGCCCACGGCGCCCAAACCAGCCAAACUCAUCCACUCCAUGACCAGCCCCUCCUCCUCCACCAUAAUCCCCCCCCCCGCCCCGCGCCAGCCCCACGCCAAGUCCACCAGCCCCGCGUCCCAGAGCCCCCACACGCCGCUGACCCCCACCACGCCGCAGACCCCGCUGACCCCGGCCACCCCCAGCCCCACCCUUCCGCCCGUCAAGCCGCCGCGCUCCUCCAUCGGGGGGGUGUCGGUGGACAGCGGGAUUACGGGGGGGGGCUUCACGCCGCCGCCCGCCGCCACCCCGGACUUUGGCGUGGAUUCCUUGGUGCAUCAGAAGCUGGAGGAGACGAGCGCGUCGCUGGCCGCCGCUCUCCAGGCCGUGGAGGACAAGAUCCUACGGCACGAAGACUCCGUGGUGGAGCAGAAGACCACGGUCAGCAUCCUGGACGACAUCGGCAGCAUGUUCGACGACCUGGCCGACCAGCUGGACGCCAUGCUGGAGUAAAGCCCGGGCGUCUCCACGGCGACAGCCGCAUCAGGAGAGGGGGGGACUCCCACGGCGCCAGACGCCAGAAAACGCUCCGAUCUCUCGCUCCUCCUCUCUCUGCCGUGCUCGCGCCCUCUUAGCCGCCAUCCAUCCGUCCGUCCGUUUGCUAACCCCCGAAACGUCCCAUUUUCCUCUCGUUUCCUGUCGCUCCACGCUAGGACGCUGAUGGAAUGGCGCCAGACAGACGCGUGGCAGAGAGAAAAGAUAAACACCGCAAGACGAGGCUGAGGGGGGGAAAAAAAAAAGGACCAAAUUACUCAAAGGGAGAGUAUAUAGGGACAGUAGCACUGAAGAAGGUGAGAUGAAGAAACACACCCAAGCGGAGGAUACUGUCUCAGAAGAACUCCACGUGGACUCUUUAAGCGAACAAAUACUAAUACCGAUUAAAAAAACCGACUGUGUAAUGACUCAUAGUAUGGUAUGUGUACAUUCUCAGCAUGGAGAGUUUAUAUCUACUGAAAAAGUCCUGCAUUAGCACAGUAAUAUAUGAUAUACUGAUAAAUAUAAAUCUCUAGCUCUUUGGUUUAAUGUCUUGGUUCUGUGUGGAAUGGUGACCUCUGGUGUUGUGACCAUGUAAAAUGACUUGGUGGAAACAUUUUUUUUUAUUUUUUUUUUAUUCGUGACCAAAACGAGACUAUUCUGCUCCCCAAGGGGGGUGAUCGUCGUCGGAGGCGGGAUGACGGAUGUGGUGUGUAUGUGGAGUUUCAGGACACACACACACACACACACACACACACACACACACACAGGAGAAGCACAAUGACCCCAUGCA